AAAUCCAUCGAUGCUUCUUUUCUUUUGCCCUAACCUCAUCAAACCUCUUCGCUUUUCCCAAAUAUCUUUUUCUUUAAUUUUUUAUAAAAUUAUUUUAAAUUUUAUAAAAUUCACCGGAUCUGAACCACUCGUCGGCGCUUAAACCCGUCACCGGAAUCCUUAAAGAUUCAUCGGAAAACCAAAUUGAUUGCUCCUUGAGUUGGGUUUUCUUUAAAGAUCGAAAAAGUUUCAAUCUUUAUCAUUCUUGUUCUUGUUCUACAGCUGAGUUGUUGAAGUGAUGUCUUGAAUCUUGAGGAAACAAUGACCUCUAAAGGUCCAAAGUCUAAACUUGACCAUGAGUCAAGGGCCAAGCGACAAAAGGCACUUGAACCACCUAAAGAACCACAACGACCCAAAACACACUGGGACCAUCUUAUUGAAGAGAUGGUAUGGUUAUCAAAGGAUUUUGAGUCAGAGAGAAAAUUUAAAUUGGCCCUGGCAAAGAAGACCGCCAUAAGAGCCAGCAAAGGCAUGGUGGAUCAGGCCACAAGAGAAGAAAGAAAAGCGAAGGAAGAAGAGCUCCGCAUGAAAAAAGUUGCGCUAAACAUCUCGAAGGACGUGAAGAAAUUUUGGACGAAAAUUGAGAAGCUGGUGCAAUACAAGCAUCGGUUAGAGCUUGAUCAGAAGAAGAAAAAAGCACUAGAUAAACAACUUGAUUUUCUUCUAGGGCAAACCGAAAGGUAUUCGACGAUGCUGGCAGAAAAUCUUGUUGAUUCAUCUUCUCGACAACAUGUUAAUGCAUCCUCGGUCCAGGAACUACCAGCCAUUGAAUAUAAAGAUCAGACCGAUGUCAAUGGGUGUACCGAACCUCACAUUGAGUCACAGUCAAAUAUUAUAGAUACUGAUGAAGAUUACAAGUCUGAAAAUGAAGUCGAAGAUGAUGAGCGCACGAUUGAGGAAGAUGAAGCCCUCAUAACCGAAGAUGAAAGGCGUGAGGAGUUAGCAGCUUUGCAAAAUGAAGCGGAUUUACCCCUUGAAGAGUUACUUAAACGUUAUGCUGUUGAAGAAGAAAAGACUGAAGAUGUAGCUGAGCUAAAUCAGGCCCAUGAAGAUAAUUCUAAGUGUAACGGUAAUGACGCUUCGGACCAUAGAUUAAAAGAAGAGAGUCGUCAUUGUGUUGAAAGUAACGGUGGACUAUUAUCGGUUUCACCAAAACAUCAUUUAGAAAUCAAGGAACAUUAUGUUAGAAAAAGAAAACGUCUUCAAGCUCCCAAAAAGUAUUUGGAAUUAGACUUUAAUGAUGAAAAUGAAGACGGUGAUUUUGUUAUCGCAAAUGGGGAUGAUAAGGAUGAUGAAACCACCUUGUUGGAGGAAGAAGAACUAGCAAAGGCCGAAUCCGGUGAUUCAGUAGACGAGAUUGCAUUAUUGCAAAAGGAGAGUGAAAUUCCAAUAGAGGAUUUGCUUGCAAGGUAUAGACAGGACCCCGUCGCUAAUAGAAGCACAGAGUCGGGUUCAGAUUCUGAAUCUGAAAAAGAAAACAAACAAGAGCAAAAGAUUGAUGAUGGUGACGAGAACGAAGACAGAAUUGCUGACGCUGCGGCUGCCGCCAGGUCAGCACAGCCAACGGGGAACACGUUUUUGACAACAAAAGUCCGGACAAAACACCCUUUUUUACUGAAAUUUUCCCUUCGUGAAUAUCAACACAUUGGUUUAGACUGGCUCGUGACGAUGUACGAAAAACGGCUGAACGGUAUCCUCGCAGACGAAAUGGGCCUCGGUAAAACAAUUAUGACAAUCGCGUUACUUGCGCACCUGGCAUGUGAAAAGGGGAUAUGGGGCCCGCAUUUGAUCGUUGUACCGACAAGUGUCAUGCUCAAUUGGGAAACCGAGUUUCUAAAGUGGUGUCCGGCGUUUAAAAUCUUGACGUAUUUUGGAAACGCGAAGGAACGGAAACAUAAGCGACAAGGUUGGAUGAAACCGAACACGUUUCACGUUUGCAUCACGACUUACCGACUCGUUAUUCAAGAUUCGAAGAUUUUCAAGAGAAAAAAGUGGAAAUAUCUGAUUUUGGAUGAAGCCCAUUUGAUAAAAAACUGGAAGUCUCAAAGAUGGCAAACGCUUUUGAAUUUUAACGCGAAAAGGCGUAUCCUUUUAACCGGUACGCCUCUACAGAACGAUUUAAUGGAGUUAUGGUCGUUAAUGCAUUUUUUAAUGCCGCAUAUAUUUCAAUCUCAUCAAGAGUUUAAAGCGUGGUUUAGUAAUCCAAUAUCCGGUAUGGUUGAAGGUCAAGAAAAGGUCAACAAGGAAGUAGUUGACCGGUUGCAUAACGUCCUCCGUCCGUUUAUACUUCGAAGAUUAAAACGGGACGUUGAGAAACAAUUACCUAGUAAACACGAGCAUGUUAUAUACUGCCGACUCUCGCGGAGACAACGGAAUCUUUAUGAAGAUUUUAUCGCUAGUUCGGAAACACAAGCUACUCUCGCAAGUUCGAAUUUUUUCGGGAUGAUUAGCGUUAUAAUGCAACUUAGAAAAGUUUGCAAUCAUCCGGAUUUGUUUGAAGGUCGACCCAUUAUUAGUUCUUUCGAUAUGAACAGGAUUGAAACGCAGUUUUGCUCCUCGAUUUGCUCGGUUCUUAACCCGCAUCCGUUUUUAAACGUUGACCUUUCGGGAUUAGGGUUUGUAUUCACUCAUCUUGAUUUUUACAUGACGUCGUGGGAGAGUGACGCGGUUCAAGCUAUUGAAACACCGUCGAGACUAAUUGAGAAACGUGUCGAAGAAAUUGGAAGUGAAACCAAAUUCGUGAAAACGUCAAGCGGGUUUAAUAUCUUUGAAGAAAUUCAAAACGCACUUCGAGAAGAGAGACUUAAAGAAAUGAAAGAACGGGCCGAAUCGAUCGCGUGGUGGAAUUCUUUACGAUGUAAGCGAAAGCCCGUUUAUUCAACUGGCUUACGCGAUAUCGUUUCUUUUCAAAAGCCUGUGUUAAACUCGUCAAAGUUUUCCGAGCUUGUUUUGUCUCCGGUUGACCGAUUCGAGAGGAUGGUGGACCAAGUGGAGAGUUUCAUGUUCGCAAUCCCCGCAGCACGAGCUCCGCAACCCGUCGGGUGGUGCAGCAAAUCGGAUACUUCGGUGUUCAUCGACGAAACUUACAAGUUGAAAUGUUCGAAGAUAUUUUCACCGUUAUUAACUCCUAUUCGGCCCGCUAUUGUUAGAAGACAAGUUUAUUUUCCCGAUAGGCGGUUAAUACAGUUUGAUUGUGGAAAGCUUCAAGAGCUUGCGGUUUUGCUCAGAAGACUCAAGUCCGAAGGUCACCGAGCGUUAAUCUUCACACAGAUGACAAAAAUGCUCGACGUUUUAGAAGCUUUCAUAAAUAUAUACGGAUACACGUACAUGCGGUUAGACGGGUCGACCCAGCCUGAAGAACGGCAAACGUUAAUGCAACGGUUUAACACGAACCCGAAGUAUUUUCUUUUCAUUUUGUCGACACGCAGUGGCGGUGUUGGUAUUAAUCUUGUAGGUGCGGAUACGGUUAUAUUUUACGAUAGUGAUUGGAACCCUGCGAUGGACCAACAAGCGCAAGAUCGGUGUCAUAGAAUCGGGCAAACGCGUGAAGUACAUAUUUACCGUUUAAUUAGCGAAAGCACGAUUGAAGAAAAUAUAUUAAAAAAGGCGAAACAGAAACGAGCUCUUGAUGAUUUGGUGAUUCAGAGUGGGGAGUAUAACACCGAGUUUUUCAAGAAACUUGAUCCGAUGGAAUUGUUUUCCGGUCACAAAACAGUUUCGGUAAAUAAUAUGCGGAAAGAUAAAGGUUUGACUAACGGGGUUGAAGUCAACCCCCCGGUAUCUAACGCUGACGUGGAUGCUGCGUUGAAGCUUGCGGAAGACGAAGCCGAUUACAUGGCGUUAAAACGAGUCGAACAAGAAGAGGCGGUUGACAACCAAGAAUUUACUGAAGACGCGAUAGGGAAACCGGAAGAUGACGAGCUUUUGAACGAAGAAGAUGGUACCGCACCGGUAGAAGAAAACGCGCAAACGCCGAAAUGGGUUGACCCGAAUGACGAAAAGGGUGCGGGUGCGGGUGCGAGUUUGGUUAAGGUUGAUGAUGAUAAUGAUGUGGAGAUGAUGGAUGAUGUUAAACAGAUGACUGUUGUCUCGGGGAAUGAUGUUUUGUCGUUUGAGAAGCAACUUCGGCCGAUCGAUCGAUACGCGGUACGGUUUCUUGAGCUGUGGGACCCUAUUGUUGAUUAUAAUUUGGUGGAGUCGCAGGAGCGGUUUGAACAAACGGAAUGGGAGUUGGAUCGUAUCGAGAAGUUAAAGGAGGAUAUGGAAGCAGACGGUGAUGACGACGAGGAACCGUUAGUUUAUGAAAGAUGGGAUUCCGAAUUUGCAACUAAGGCAUACCAAGAGCAAGUUAAAGUUUUGGCCGAACGUCAGUUGAUGGAAGAACGUGAAAUGGAAGCUAGAGAGAAAGAGAAGGCGCUUGCGGAAGCUGAAUCGAUGAAGAACGAGACGGUGGUUAAAAAGUCAAAGUCAAAGAAAAAGUCAAAGAAAACAAAAUUCAAAUCUCUAAAAAAGGAAGCGUUGUCUUCCGAAACAAAGACUACAAACAUCGAGUCACCAAUUGAAGAUUAUGACGAUGAUCUUGAUGAAGAAUUGAUCUUCUUGAAGAAACGCAAAAAACCAGCAGAUGACACCGAAGUCAAGAGUUCUAAAAAAUCCAAAAAAGUCAAAAGGUUGACCGAUCCAAUCCCGUUAGACACAGAAUCAAAUUCGGUACCAGACUUUCAAGACGAACCGUUAAAAGACCUGAAAUUAAUUGCAAGUAGUAACCACAAUAAUCUUGAAGUUGAUUAUAAACCGUUCAACAGAAGCAAAACGGGAAUCAGAAUAUCGAUCACUUCGAUGCCCGUGAAACGGGUAAUGACUAUAAGACUCGAGAAGUUAAAACGAGGAAGUAUUUGGCCAAACGAUUGUUUUCCGACACCUGAUUCUUGGUUAUCGUCUGAGGAUGCGGUUCUUUGCGCAAUUGUACAUGAAUACGGUGUGAAUUGGAGUUUGGCGAGUGAUGUUUUGUACGGGAUGACAGCUGGCGGGUUCUAUAGGGGCAUUGCUCGGCAUCCUGUUCAUUGUUGUGAACGAUAUCGGGAGCUUGUUCAGAAAUACGUGUUGUCUACGGUUGAUAAUAAUAUUACUAAUGAAAAAUCAAGCGGCAAAGCUCUUCUCAGAGUAUCCGAGGAGCAUGCCAAAAUGCUGUUGGAUAUUGUAUCUGAACAGUCCGAUCAAUCACACACGCUUCAACAGCAUUUCUGCUACCUACUUACAACCGUGGAGAAGUCAAAGACUCGUCAUGGUCAACGGAAAAGCCCGUUGCGUCUAAAAAACGGAAUAGUUCAUAUACCGGGUGUUAACCGAGACCCCGUUAAACCACAAUCACAAGAAAUGAAUUUCGCCAACGUAGGCCCGAUGAGCAGAUUAGUAGCCGAUGCACUUGACAAUUCUCAGAAUAUACCAAAAGAGGACAGGGUUUCUAGUUUCAAUGGAAGGCACGAUUCACGAGGUGUUGAUCAGUUGACCGUUACUUUAGAGUUGGGCCCUGCUGAUGAUGGUCAAAGUCUCGAGUUGCCACCUGUCAUAUCUUUGUCGAUAAAUGAGCCUGAGUCGGUGGCGUCUGAACUGGUGCCUGUCCCCGUGGGCGGGAAUCGUCACUUACGGCCGUCUAGUGUUGAAUCGCGUUUCAGGGAUAUAUCAAGAGUUGCAGUUGAGGGUGGUUUAGCCUCACCCCCAUCAUCAUUCCCGACAGUCGAAUCGAAAUCCCGACCGCCAAAAUCUCAACUGUCAGGAAAACACAGGCUGUCAAAUCCGGAAACGCCAUUAAAGCAUUCCAAAUCCAAGUCAAGAAAAACUAUUACGGAUUCCAACGACCUGCAUUUGCGACCACCAUCAACAUUACCCAAUGAAUUAUCCUCAAGGUUCGAAGCAGAAGCGUCUAUAUCAAGCGUCGGGAUUGAUGAUUUUCUAACGACAGAAACGGGCCUCGAGAGUUUCGAUACGGUGCCUCAUAUUUACGAUCCGGGCUUCACCUCAGGCCUCGAAGAUUGUUCGUUAUUAACGCAGUUUACUGACAUCGGGUAGGCUUGCAUUCGUGUUGACGGGCUUAGUUUUUUGCUAACCGGGCCAGUGCAUUUUGAUGGUUACCUUAACGGGCCGACGUUUUUCUUCACUAACUUGGUGCAUCGGGAAUGGUGAUGAUGAGGAGCCGAGAGACGCGGUCCAUGGGUACGCGAUUUUUGGAAGAUACAACAUUUUGCACAUAAAAUGUAACAUUGUAUGGCAUAUGGCCCUUCAACUUUGUGACCUGUUUGGGUUGAUGAGAGGGAAGUCAUGCUUUUAGUGUUUUGAGUUUUCAGUUUAAAAAAAUUAUAUUUUUAGGCCCAUUAUCCUCAUAGUGUAGGUUUUUAGAAACAGAAAAUUAGUAUUGAUGAAUGAAAAUUCUUUUUUACUCA